AUGGCCGCUCCAGCAACUGCAACAACUACAGCAGUGAAGGGUCUCGUGACCUGGCACUGGAACUGUAACGGUUUCCCUGGCAAGAAGGCAGUCUUGCAGCCAGUAGCAAGCAAGCCUGAUAUAAUCAUGAUACAAGAGACUCGCACUGAUGCGUCGCUACCCCGUUAUCGGGUAUACGCCAAGUCUCCAAAGGUCAGCGGCGGUAGAGGGACAUGCACAUUGGUUCGCAAGGGACUCACCUUCAUUGAGCACGAGUUGCACAAUAGUAAACUUGAAUACACUCCCAUCGAGGCCGUUACGGGCAAGAAACAAAAGAACAGCACCUUUCUGCUUAACGUCUACAGUAGCCCUUCACACUGGAAGCAAAAAUUCAAGACGCUCCUUCACAGAGCCAGCACCGUGGCGGGGACUCACAGGCUCGUCGCCUGCGGGAACUUCAACGCGGCACACCCGGCACGGGGAUAUAACAAGCAAUUGGCCAAGGGGCGAGACCUGUUCCAAGACACAUUAGACCUGGGCUUCACCCUCAUCACAGACCCGACUGAUCCCACAAGGAUUGGGAACUCUGUGUCCAGGGAUACGACGCCGGACCUCACGUUCGUGAAGAACGACGAGAAGGGGAAUAUCUCCUGGCGCAACACGGGGUCAGAGCUCGGCAGCGACCACUACAUCGUAGAGGUCAUCAUACCGGAAGAGGUCAAGGCCUCGGAGGACACCAGAAAACAUAAUUUUACGGAUUGGGGUGCCUUCCGUAGCCUGUUACCAACGGAGAUGGAGGAAAUCGAGAACAUAGAAGAAUGGUCAGCCCACAUCGCGGUCGACAAGGUUGACGGCCGCCUCGCGCACUUAUUCGAAGCAAAGCAAUCUAUCCUAAACAGGUGGAAGAAGCAGCGGCUAAAUCGGCGCCUAAGGAAGAAGGUGGCGGAGCUGAAUCGCGCCAUCGAAGUUCAUUGUCGGCUGCUCUGCACGCAACAAUGGAACGAAAUCUGUAAUGCUGCGGACGGGCAGAUGCAUUGCGGCAAAACCUGGAACUUGAUGCGGCAUCUGCUCGACGAGACUAAAACAAAAUCCCACCAACGCGACCGCCUCGCAAAGAUCAUUCACAGAGCAGUCAAGGAAAACGGGGAAACUGAAGUAAUCAGACGCAUAAACAGCAAGUACCUUCCGGUGACACCCACGGAAAGGCAUCCUGAGUACGGCGGUCAAGCCAACGAGAAGCUUGACCGCGACAUCAGCGUCGAGGAGGUGCGAGCGACCCUGCACGAACUAAACAGCAAGUCGGCGGCCGGCCCGGAUCACAUCUCGAACAGAGCGCUCAAGAACCUCAGCAAUGUGGCCAUCGAAAACCUCACCGGUUACUACAACAAGUGCUGGAGUGCGGGGUCACUGCCCCAGCAGUGGAAGACUGCCAAGACCAUACUCAUCCCCAAACCAGGCAAGCCGCCGAACACGGACAAUCUCCGGCCCAUCUCGCUCACGUCCUGCGUGGGCAAGGUGUUGGAGCACGUCCUCAUGUGUAGGUGGCAGGAUUACCUGGAGGAGUCGGGACUAUACCCCACCACGAUCAUCGUGUUUCGGCGUUCCCUCGGCACCCAAGACGCGAUGAUCCUGUUGAAGAAAGAUAUAAUUGACGAUGACACCUUAACGAAAGACAACAAGGCCAUUCUGGGGCUGGACCUGCAGAGCGCCUUCGACAAGGUGAAGCACUCUGCAAUCCUAGCCCAGGUGUCCAGACUCAACAUGGGCGCAAGAACGUACAAUUAUAUCAAGGACUUUCUGACGGGGCGGACUACCGAGCUCUGCGCCGGCGAUCUACGGCUCCAAGGGAAAAGGCUCGGCAGUGUCGGGACCCCCCAAGGCUCGGUCAUCUCGCCGUUGUUAUUCAACCUCGUUAUGAUCGGGGUGGCCAACCAACUCUCUCGCGUCGAGGGCGUCCGGCACACCAUCUACGCCGAUGAUAUCACGCUGUGGGUUCCGGGAGGCAGCGAUGGUCACAUUGAGAGCACGCUGCAAGAAGCCGUCGACGCGAUCGAAGACCAGCUGAACGGUUCCGGUUUGAUCUGCUCAGCGAGCAAGUCAGAACUGCUGGUGUUACCACCGAAAUACGUCAUACGUAAGAAGAGCGAAGCGAGGGAUUACGAGGCCAUCAAGAUCGUGACGAGGAAUGGCCACGUGAUUCCGGAGGUCGACAAAAUCCAGGUGCUCGGCAUGAUUAUAGACAAGCGACGGGGCAACGGCGAAACUAUUUCCUGCCUUACAGCCAAGAUUACCAACGCAAUACGCCUCAUCAGACGGGUUGCCAACCGCAAGGCCGGGAUGAAGGAGGAAAGCUUGAUUCGUAUUGUGCACUCCUUCGUAAUCAGCCACGUCACCUACGUUGCAGCCUUCCACAACUGGAUGCAAUGUGAAAGGAAUAAAAUCAACGCCCUGAUACGCCGAGCUUACAAGGCGGCGCUCGGACUAUUCGAGUGCACGAACACCAACAAGCUCCUGAGCCUGGGGGUACACAAUACCCUCGACGAAAUUGCGGAAGCGCAACGGACCGCCCAGCUGGAGCGGCUCUCUAUGACUGAAGCCGGCAGGCGCAUACUUCAAUACUUGGGCUUCACGCCCGGAGCGAAAGCGGCGAGUAGCGACGUUUCUGUCCCGGACGGAACCCGGCGCCGGCUUCGGGUGGACCUCAUACCGAGAAACAUGAACCCGGAGUAUAACAAGGAGAGAAGAGCGGCGAGGGCCAAGGCCCUCAUCGACUUUCACGCCAAGGACGAGCACGCAAGGUUCGUGGAUGCGGCAGAAUACCAGGGAGACUGCGCGGCGUUCGUAGCUACCGUCGUCGAGGCGUCGUCCGGCGCGACGAGGGCAGCGGCGAGCUUACGGGUCCGCGAGGCGUGUCAGGCGGAGGAGGUGGCCAUUGCCCUGGCCAUUGCCGACCCCGGGUGCCAGACGGUGUUGUGUGAUUUCCGAAGUGCAGUGCGGAAUUAUGCAAAGGGCAAAGUGUGUGGUGAGGCUGUGCGCGUUCUGUGCUCGGCCGACCUGCAACGACAGAAUCGGUAUGUUAGAAUCAAGUGGUUCCCGGCGCACGCGGGUAACGAUGCGUCCGAGAAGCACGAUUACCACAACGAGACGGCACACGCUGUGGCGCGAGCGCUAACCAACCGCGCCGCUGCAACCGACCGCCCAACGUGGUGUAGUGCCAAGGACCGCAUGAGGACGUUCAACGAACUUACACAGUUCCACCACCUGGCUCGAAGGACUUUCCCACCCCCGCACCCGGGGCUGAGCCGAGCGGAGGCGGUGCUGUUCAGACAAUUGCAAACUGGUUCUUUACCCACCGCAGUGUUAAUGACUCGUCUAUACCCUAAACUAUAUGUGAGUGAUGUGUGCCGCGUGUGCCAGCGGGAGAGGGCCACCCUGACGCACAUCCUAUGGGAUUGCACCAGGUUCCCCAGUGAGGCUUCUACAAGUACAACGAUUCCGCCGCGACUCGCGGCUGCGGCGGAAUGCUACGACUACGAAAGCCAAACCUGGGCCGUCCAGCAGGUCUCGGCGGCUCUUGAAAGACAA